AAGACAAAGUUAGUCUGUCGGUCGGUCGGUGACCCUAAUGAAUACUGGUGAGAAAAGUAAGCGAAGGAAAGGAAGAUGCAAUGUUCACACGCCAUGAUGACCUGCAGUAUGUUAAUUAGUGGGAUCAAUUGAGUCACCAUUUCUCUUUUUUUUUUUCUUUUUUUUUUUUUUUCCCAAUAGUCACCAUUUCUCUUCACUCUGAAACUUCUGAGAAAAAUAAUGGCUCCCCAUGUUUCUAGUGUUCUCUUUGCCUCAUUAUAAAAGGAAAAGAGACACAAAACAUUACAUCCACUUGAAGGGGAACACUAAAACGUCUAUGCAAUAUGCUGGUGUUCCCUUAUUAAUUUCCAUGACUUCUCCAAGCUCUCCACCAUUAUUUUCCCUUGUCACAACAAUCAAGCUUGCAUUCUAUAAUGUACUGUCCUGUUUCUGGCCUCGUUCAGAUGCUCCACCAGUGAGAACCCUGACUUGUUCCACAAGAAUAAUGAGUUACAGGGUGCUCGAAAGCUGGUGGAGCUGGUCUGGUCAUCAAGCAGGGGAUUGCUUACCAAUUUAUCUCCAUGGUUGUCAAAUUGAGGUGCAAAGUUACCAAUCAAAUGCUCCACUUAGCUUGGGGAAGACAGUCCUUGGUCUCACAUUCCAGGCCAUUGUUGGCUUGACUCUUGCAUCUAAUCCAGGCCAACCUGAUCAGGAUCAGGAUCAGCCACAUUUGCUGGCCUUGCAUAUGGUUGGAGUGGCUAUGGUGAUUGCUUUUGCAGCUUGUUUCUCUGCCAUUUUUCUAACGCGUGCCUAUCCAAGGGCUGCAAGCCUCAUUGAAAAAAUUGGGUCUGUUUCUGCUGCGCUCGGGUUUUUCCUAAUGACAAGUAUUUUCCUCUCAAGUAUCUUCAUAUGGAUUUGCUGGCUAGCGUGUGCUUUUUCCUUGCUAGCCUUUACGUUAGCCUUGACCCUUAAGUCUAGAUAGUUUAGUAUUGUGUAGUAGUGUAUAGUAAACUGCCACAAAAGAAAAAAUCCCAAAAAAACCAGAAAGUCCAAAACCCCAAAAAAAAAAAAAA